GCCGAGGAUAUUCAAGAUGCGUAGUCAAAUUUUCUUGCUCGCCUGUUUGUCCCUAAUUGCCUGCGCAUGGGGUAACAAUUUGAUUCUUGGCAGGCGUUGGUUCAACGACCAGCUCGUCAGCGAGACGCCUGUAUUCAAGCCACUAGUGCCCGGGGUUAGUCAGACCGUGACAAUCAAUGCGGUUGCUCCACCCGGCUAUGUAAUCUCAUUCAUCAGCGUGAUAGACGUGAAUCCAAAGGUGGUAAGCAUCAGGCCUAUCAAAGGCUACCUUGGAUCAGAUUCGGUCGUCGUCCUGGUAGUCGGAAGACCAGGCUGGGGCCUGAUGCUAAAGGCUACCGUUUACGCUAUUCCUGAUCCUCACGCAACAACGACCACACCAGAACCAACCACCAGUACUACCACGGAAUCAACCACAACCACUACCACGGAACCAACCACUACUAGCACGGAAACAACUUCCACGAGUUGGACAGAGUCAAGCUCUACAGAACCAACUUCUACCCCUUGGACAGAGUCAAGCUCUACAGAACCAACCUCUACCCCUUGGACAGAGUCAAGCUCUACAGAACCAACCUCUACCCCUUGGACAGAGUCAAGCUCUACAGAACCAACCUCUACCCCUUGGACAGAGUCAAGCUCUACAGAACCAACCUCUACCCCUUGGACAGAGUCAAGCUCUACAGAACCAACCACUAACCCUUGGACAGACUCAAGCUCUACAGAACCAACCUCUACCCCUUGGGCAGACUCAAGCUCUACAGAACCAACCACUAACCCUUGGACAGACUCAGACUCAGAUGCCACUACCGAGCCCGCUGAUUCGUGCGUGGAACGGACGAGAAGCUCGAGGAGGUUUGCGGAGGUUCGCGGAGGUUCGCGAAGGUUUGCGAAGGUUCGCAGAGGUUUCUGGAGGUUCACGAAGGUUUGCGAAGGUUCGCGGAGGGUUCUGGAGAUUCGCGGAGGUUUUCAGAGGUUCGCCGAAGUUUGUCGAGGGUUGCAGAAGUUUGUGAAGGUUUGGAGAGAUUCUCGGAAGUUUUUGGAGGUUUACGGAGGUUCAAGGAGGGUCGUGAAGGUUCACAGAGGUUCGCGGAGGUUUUCAGAGGUUCACCGAAGUUUGUCGAGGGUUGCAGAAGUUUGUGAAGGUUUGGAGAGAUUCUCGGAAGUUUGCGGAGGUUUACGGAGGUUCAAGGAAGGUCGCGAAGGUUCACAGAGGUUCGCGGAAGUUUUCAGAGAGGUUCAAGGAGGGUCGCGAUGGUUCACAGAGGUUCGCGGAGGUUUUCAGAGGUUCGCGGAAGUUUGCGGAGGUUUGCAGAGGUUCGUGAAGGUUUGGAGAGGUUCUCGGAAGUUUGCAGAGGUUCGCGGAGAUUUACGGAGGUUCACGGAUGAAGGUUUGAAGAUGUUCACGGAGAUUUGCGAAGGUUCACGAAAAUUCCGAGAUACGAUUGCUCGAUCAUGGAACGUGGCAAGGGCCUAG